AUGGCAACUUACCCGUUUAAGAUGUCGCUUUGUCUGAUAGCGUCGUUAGCCAUAUUAUUCUUGGUUUGUGCAACAAGUGGCAACAAAACCAAUCAACCAUCAAACAACAUGGUAGGUGACACAGAAACUGCCUGUGAUAAGUCAGACAAAAUAUAUGUAAAUUUCUGACGAUGUACAUGAAAACUUGGCGCAUUGAAUAAACAAUCUUAAUUCAAAUAUCAUUGUUCAACAGUUCUUCCUGUAUACAUUAUUACGCAGCAAAUGAGACUUCUAUCCAAAAAGUAUACAAUUUUACUAAAACGCAAAAUCGUAUUAUUUACAGUGUUAUAUCGUUGAGGAAAAUCUAUAAUGUGCGGUUCUUACGUGCAAAAAAGGGAAUUGUAACAGCUGCUCAAUUUAGGUAAUGAUAUCAUCAAAGCCGAUUGACAAAUUUGUAGUUUAUUUUUCCUCCAAUUUACCAGGCCCCUCCCGUCUACUAUGCUGGUAUUCCCGGCAUGCAUGGCAAACCCGGUUCCCCUGGAAUACCAGGCCGCGACGGACGAGAUGGCCGUAAGGGAGCCAAAGGUGACCAAGGUAUCCCAGGAAAGACUGGACCCCAGGGGCCUCCGGGACCUAGCGGAAACUCUGGUGUUAAUGGAAAGGAUAGCGUUAAAGGGGAACGCGGGGCCCAAGGACCCCCAGGACAAAAAGGGGAACGCGGGGAGAGUGGAUUAAGAGGAACCCCUGGGAAUCCAGGUCUGAUGGCUUUUAAGAACUGGAAGGAAUGCGUUUGGAAAAACAUCCAUGAUGGCAAAGAUAAUGGGCUGAUCAAGGUAAACACAUUUUUCUUUACCCGUUCAUUACAUCAAGUCUAAUCAAGGUUAAAGAGAAGUUUUUUAUUUGUUUUCAUAAAGAAGGAAAAAUAAUAACCAUUGCCUAAUAAUAAUUAUAUAAAUAGUAACAAUAAUAAUAAUACUAUAGUAAGUGUUUAUUUACGAUAUAUCCAUUACCAGAAAUAUGGCUCAUCACUGGUUAGUAACUAAUACACUAUCACUUUCAUACUAAUUUAUAAAAUCAAUUACGUGUAGGUUAUCAUUACCAUAAAACAACAUCUUGCUAUAAAAGUAUGAAAAAUUAAAUGAUAAUGGAACAAUAGCAUGAAAAAUCAAAGAAAAACUAAGGGACAAGAAGAAGAAGCUUAAGGGCGUGAAUAAAUCAUAACCAUUUCAUUUCAUUUCAUUUCAUUUCCCUUGCCUCUAAGCACAGAAGACUGUUUAGUGGUACAUUUUUACUAGCAUAUCUGUUUCGUUUUUCGCACAGGAAUGUGUGUUCAGCAAAAACUUCUCUGACACAGCCCUUCAUGUGUACUGGACUGGUACACUUAGAGUCCAUACUAAUGCUGCCUGUAAACGCUGGUACUUUACUUUCAACGGUGCAGAAUGUUCCGCUCCCCUCCCUAUUGAUGGUGUUGUGUACGUGGUCAGCAAAUCUCAAGACCCUCAUCGCGUCCGCCACAUUGAAGGCUACUGUAAUAACAUUCACAAAGGAAAGGUGCGCGUGGGAUUCUGGGUUGGUAAAUGCGAUGGGUACAGUCAUGGAAACUAUGACGCCUUUACUGGAUGGCAUUCUGUGUCCCGCAUAUUCGUAGAGGAGGUACCCAAAGCUCAAGCUUAGACUUCCAGAGGAGAUAGACCCUCCCGCAUAUUAACCAAACAGGGACAGCAAAUAAUAGCGCUUUCAUUUGUGGGAUACUACAGUUAAUUGCUUUGUAGCUGUGUAAAGUUUGCUCAUAAUAAACAAGUUGCGGGAGGCAGUCAAAGAAAAUAAAAUGUUUGAUUUUU